CCGAGAAGAAGCUUGAGGGCCUCAGCCUGUACUCUCGGUUCGCUUUUGCCGGUGCCGUCUGCUGUUCUGUCACCCAUGGUGCCUUCACUCCAGUUGAUGUGUAUGCUUAUCCAUCGGCUUCGGCUCUAGUGCCCAAUGUUCGCGACUUACUGACACUCCCACAGUGUCAAGACUAGGAUCCAGCUCGAUCCUGCCACCUACAACCGUGGUAUGAUUGGCGGUUUCCGUCAAGUCAUUCAAAACGAGGGCGCUGGCGCUCUCUUGACCGGCAUCGGGCCAACCUUCGCCGGUUACUUCAUGCAGGGAGCUUUUAAAUUCGGUGGUUAUGAGUUUUUUAAGCAGCGAUCUAUCAACGUUCUUGGUCUCGAAACGGCCCGUCAGAACCGUACUGCCGUUUACUCUGUCUCGGCCGCCUCCGCCGAGUUCUUCGCCUCUAUCGCUCUCUGUCCUCUCGAGGCUACACGUAUCCGUCUUGUCUCUCAACCUGGCUUCGCAAAUGGUCUGAUCGGUGGUUUCGGCAAGAUUUUCAAGAACGAGGGCAUUGGUGCUUUCUACCGUGGUUUCGGUCCUAUCCUCUUGAAGCAGGUGCCCUACACAGUGACCAAGUUUGUGGUUUAUGAAAAGGUCGCCGAGGCUGUUUUUGCUCGUCUUGACAAGUCCAAGCUGUCCAACAGCGCCCAGACUGGUGUUAACUUGGGAUCCGGUCUCAUUGCCGGUUUCGCUGCUGCCAUUGUCUCUCAGCCCGCUGAUACCAUGUUGUCCAAGAUCAACAAGACCAAGGGUCUCCCCGGUGAGAGCACCGUUUCCCGUCUCAUCAAGAUUGCUGGCGAGCUGGGUCUUCGUGGAUCCUUCGCUGGCCUUCCUACUCGUCUGUUCAUGAUCGGUGGUCUCACUGCUGGGCAAUUCGCCAUCUACGGUGACAUCAAGAAGGCUCUGGGUGCCACCAAUGGUGUUGAGAUCGCCAAGUAACGACCCAUUGAAUUUCAACAUUCACAUGGCUUAGAGAGAGAUAGACGUGACUACAAUAGACUGUAUAUAUUUGUCCUUUACAUUAAUGCGCUCCUCAUAAGGCU